AUGAAAUCGAUUUUGUUGAUAUUAAUUUUAUUUUUUUCAUCAUGUUUAGCCCAAAGCUGUUUUGAUUCAAAUGGACUUUAUAUUUCGUCAAUAAUACCUGUAAGUUCUAAUGGUGGUGAAGCUGUUUUCUUUGGUUGCUUUUUAACAAAUAGAAGUAUGACUAUAAGUAUUGGAAAUUCUGAAUGUACAUUCAUCAAUCAAACUGAUUAUGAAUAUGUAUGUUAUGCACAACCAGGAAAUGGUUUUCAUAGUGUCUUUAUUUUAGUUGAUGGUUUAAUAUAUUAUACUCUCCAUGGUGCUUUUUAUUAUUAUGAUAGUGGUGCUAGCUCUGCCACAACUACUACAAAUCCAUCGACUAUAUUCUCCUCUUCAACAACAACAACCACAACCAGUUAUGCAUCGACUGCAUAUUCCUCUUCGACAACUAGUUAUCCAUCAACUACAUAUUCCUCUUCGACAACUGGUUAUCCAUCAACUACAUUCUCCUCCUCAACAACAAGUUAUCCAUCGUCUUCUUCUUCCUCCUCAUCAGACUACUCUCAACCAACUAUUUGUGAAUACAGUGAAAGGGGUUUGACGAUUAAUGGUUCAUCAUCAUUUAUUAAAUGUAAUGGGUAUGGUCCAACAUAUUGUGUUGAUAAUAUUGGUGGUUCAACUUGUCAAAGUGAUACAAAUGCUGUAUGUACCGUACAAAAUAAAGUUUCAAAUGAAAAUUCAAUCACUUGUUUUGGAAAUCAUAUUCAAUGUUUCUCUUUGUAUGCUCGUUGUUCUAUAAAUAUACCAAAUAAUCAAUUCCAUGUUAAUGGUGAAUUACAAACUUCAAAUAUUGUUGAAAUUUCAAGUCCAAAUGAAACUAAAGAAAUGGAUGAUUUAGGUUCUCCAUCAUCCUCUUCUUCUUCUUCCUUAUAUGUACCAACUGUUUCAAUUAUUAUUUUUAUAAUAAUUUCAAUAUUGUAA